GCAGGUGGGAAGAUGGAGUCCCCCGGCUUUGUGGAUUAAGAGGAAACAAGCAGCUUCUUUAUGGGAGAAGUUAGAAAAAAUGUGUUUUUCUUGGCCGAGGGGGAUUCACGCCGCAUCGCCUGGACUUUUAAGUUGUGUUGGAGGUCAGAAGAGAGACGCGUUAGAAGCAGAAAAAGGGAGCUGACGAGCAAUGGCCAAGAUCUACACACGUGGGAAAUAAAAAGAAGAAGAAGAAGAAGCUGAAGAAUUUUAAGAACCUUCAGCCUGUCUGGGACUGAACGGUCCAGCCCGGCCAAAGGUCCACCGGGCCACUCCACAGUCACUUCCCUCUGGACGGCUCCACUCCUGCAGCUGAGGCAUCUGCACCAAGGGGGUUCGAACUCAGGCAGGACUGAGAGGAAACGCACACGGGCUCUUAUGAAGGGGAACAAAGCGGGACCCGCCAUGGAGAACCAUGUCACACAGAUCUCCAGAGACGACCUGGAGGAACUGAGAGAGGCCUUCAAUAAAAUCGAUAUCGACAACAGCGGCUACGUGAGCGACUUCGAGCUCCAGGAGCUGUUCAGAGAGGCCAGCUUCUCGCUGCCGGGCUACAAGGUGCGGGAGAUCGCCGAGAUCUUCGUCUCCGGGGACAAGAACAAGGACGAGAAGAUCAGCUUCGAGGAGUUCGUCUCUUUUCACUGUAACAGGUGUGUGUUCGUCUUCCUGGGUGGAGUUUGCAUGAUUGUGACGCUUCACUGCUCCUCAGAGUUUAAACUCUGCUGUCAAGGCCUGAUUGAACACUUUCCACUGAGUCACACUGAAAUCUGUGUCAGGAUGAAGUCUCCAGUGUCUCUGCUGGUGAUCGUGGCUUUUCUGAGUCAGGAUUGUUCUGCCAAUAAUUUUCUGACUCAGCCUGACAAAGUCAAGGCUGUGAGUCUUGGUGGGACUGUGACCAUCAGCGCCACAGGGAGUUCAAACAUUGAUGAUGAUCUCAGCUGGUACCUUCAGAAGCCUGGACGGAACCCACAGCUUCUAAUAUACAGAGCAUCAACUCUGAACUCAGGAACUGCGUCCAGAUUCAGCGGCAGUAGAUCUGGUUCUAGCUACGCUCUGACCAUCACUGGUGUUCAGGCUGAAGAUAUGGGAGAUUAUUACUGUCUGGGAGCUCAUGGUGGUGGAGUGUGGACGUUUGGUGGAGGAACCAAACUCAUCGAGUUCUCUGGUCCCGUGGUCAGACCCUCCGUCUCUCUGCUUCCUCCGUCCUCUGAGCAGCUCUCUGGGGGCUCGGCCACGCUGGCCUGUCUGCUGAGCGGCUACUCUCCUCAGGGAGCCGUGGUGAGCUGGGAGGUGGACGGUAGCGAGGUGACAGAGGGCGUCCAGAGCAGCUCAGAGGAGGAGAAGAACGGACGCUUCAGCAGCAGCAGCACCCUGACCCUGAGCCAGGAGCUGUGGAACAAGAGAACCCUGUACACCUGCAAGGUCCUCCAUCACGACCACAGUCAGGUCCAGGUCUUCCACAAGAGCCAGUGUCAGGACUAGAGGAGCUGUGUGUGGGAGAAGAGAAACAGACCUGCUGCUCUGAGCAACAUGAGUUUAAUGGAGUGAAAGGAAAGCUUCAUGUGAGAAACGUGUGGAGCUCCAUGAAUGUGUGUCUGCUUAAUGAGUGACCUGAUGAUUCAUGACUUUGACAAUAAAGCUUCUACUGAUAUUAA